GUGAGAAAAGAAAUAUCUAGCUAUGAUCGUACAUACAUGCAUUCGAUGAGGCUGACAUCUGUUGACCGUCUUCUUUCUUCCCUUUUUUCUUUUUGUUAAUGCAUGCGCGUGAGCUCGUCUUCUCCAGGUCUCUCUCGCUAGGCUGGGGAAGUUGAAAUGCCGGAGUCACAGGUCGUACAUGCGCUUCUGUUUGGCCACUAACGAACUGACAGCCGGUGUAGCUCCACCGGUUGAUUGAAAAUGGCUUGACUGACAGGCGAGUAUAUGAUAUCAGUUAUGCAGGGGGAGCAGGAAGUUGCGGGGAGUUGGUUAAGGCUAUGGGUUAUGAGUAGUAUCUGCUCAAGUUACUGGGGCAUUCUUCUGGAUGGUUGCAUUUCUCACCUCCACCUUCGAGAGACGCUAGUUCAAACCCGAGAUGACGUUUAUGUCGUCCGCCUAAUACGGAACUGGAUAAUUUCUAUACCCGGUCCAAGCAGGAUCUCCAAUAACUGCUUGUCUGAUCUGAUUCCACAUUUGAUGAUCUGAUCUCACUUUAUCGACCACAGUGCGCAGGUCUGCACUGUACUGCAUUUGGCAGUAUAUAUGGGGUUGCCUAACGUUUCGAGGUAUCCUGGGAGAGCAGGAGAGCACCCGAGGUCUGCUUCAGGUACAGUUUCACCCCUAACAAGGGUGGCAUUUAGUGUGGGUCAUAGCUUCUGGAUAGUCAGCCCAGCCCUAGUAGUGGAGGAGAGCGGAAUUGAUGGAUCGAAGGCAGUGAGAAGCCGUCAAAGAAAAGAAAAAAAAAGGAAGAAGGGUAAGUUUACCUGCGGCGUCAGAACGUGGCCUCCACAACGGGCCUUGGUGUGAAACAUUGCCCUGUUCUGCAUAUCGUCCAUCUUGUUGACAUGUCCGGUUUUGAUAGACAUCGAUAAGCCAAAGAAGUUGGAGAGAGAGAAGAAUAUACUUUAUUUUACCGAACGCACACGCCGUUCUCUUUGCUCCCUUUUUGCUUGCUUUGCUGAAGGAUACGAAGACCAAGGAGGGAAUUCCAUCCAUAUGCUCACCCUGCACCGUGUAGUAGUAUGCAGGAUGCUAAAAAGAAGCAAAGAAUGGAGAGAAGCUAGAGAGCGAGUCCUCUCUGAUAGCAUCUCUCUUUAUUCUUUUUUUUCGUUCCCUCUUCUCCCUCUGGAUCUAGCGGCGUUUCCCCUUUCCCUUUCCAGAUCCCCUGCCUGCCUUCUUGCUAGAUUUUGGGCCUUGAAUCGCCAUAACAUCCCGACGACUGAGUUUCAAAGUUCCGCCAACGAACUUGCCAACCGACGGACCGCCAAUACCGCGCUCUCGCUUUUUGGCAGUGGGCUUAGACUUUGCAAGCGAGGGACGCUCCAGAAUAAUCCCGUUUUCCUGCGCCUCACGCCGUCGUCUCUCUUCUUUCUGUGUAGCCUUUGCGGAAAUCCCUUUCCGGUGGGACAUUGGCAUGUUUCUCUGCGUGAAAAUGGACGUCUUUGCGCCAGCGGUUUGUGCACGAAGAUCAAGGGCUUUGUGCCUGUUUACACCAGUCGGGUUGAGGUCUGAUGCAGAAUCAAGGAGAUGAGAUUCUUUGAGUAGCCGCUGCAGAGCUAGGUCAUUUUUGAGGUUGGCAGCAUCUGUCGUCAGGUCAUCGGUAGCUUCUUCUCCACCUUUUCUCGUCUUCGCCGUCGUUGCCGGCUUGGUAGAGUCGGAGAGGAGAGACGGUGGUUUUGAGCUCUGUCCAACGGGUCAAUCCAGUGCUUCUGACUAUCAUUGGAAAAGGGGAAAGUAGCGCACUCACCAUAAAUUUCUUCACAGCAGCCUUGUCAACAAGCUCCGUUCGCAGCUUUAGUGGUUUGCUGUAGUCCACUACCUCUGGCUCUGGCCCGUUGCUAUCCUCGUCUUCACCACUGUCCUCUUCCUCAAUGCCAUCCCACUCGCCCUGGUCACUGUCAUCUGUAUCAGAAGCAUUACUGGAUCCAU